CGAAAACCGCAGCGGGAAGGCUGUCCUGGGCUGGGCGGCACGAACCCCUGAGUGCCUGAGGCUGCCCCAGGACUGCGGGAGCCCCAAGUCUCAGCGCAGGGUUCACUCGUCAUGAAAGGAACGUGAGCCUGCGGGCGCCCUGCGCCCAUUCUACAGAUGGAGAGAGCAGCGCGGAACCCUCUCCCUUCCCCUCCCACGCUUCCCUUCACCCUGGAACCCCCAUUCCUCCCCUCCCCCUCGCCUCCUCCCUUCCCACGCCCUCCGUCUCCAUCCAGUUCUGGGAAAGCGCGGGUCCGGCUCCCAUACACCGACGUGCCGAGUCCUCCAGGCUGCCUAGAGCGUCCCGGAAGUAGCUGGGGGAAGGUGGCAAGGUGCGGACCGGAGAACAAAGUGGCCGGCACUUCCGGCCAGCGGAGGCGGCUCGGGGUGAGCAGGCCCCUGAAGUGCUGUGCCUGGAGAGACCAUUGUGGACCCUGGAGAGGCCCCUGCUGCGUAUGUGGUAAAACCUUGACCACCCCAAACCUGGUCAGCAUUUGAGGGGAGCCACUGCCACAGUACCCACAGAGAAGGCAGGGGUUGCAGCUGUGCGGAGCAGCAGAGGGACAACUGACAGGGUCACCUCCCCUGCAGAGAGAACUGGCAGCUGACCGUGCUGCUGGGAGCCAAGGCCUGGGCGUGUGGAGCCUGGAAGGCAAGGGACCCCUGAGGCAGCGGGUGCAGUGCGUGCAGUGGGGAACCUGGGAGGGACUGGGGCUGUGCUCAGGACAGCAGAGCAGGCGGGCAGAGUGGAGAGGGAGAGACUGAGGCCUGGGAGGGGAGCAGGAGGAGGGGGAAGGAGCAGCAGCAGUCCAGGCCUGGCGUGUGGCCUGUGAGCACUAGGACCAGCCACCCCUCCCCAUGGCCUCCAAGCCGGCUGCCGGGAAGAGCAGAGGGGAGAAGCGAAAGAGAGUGGUGCUGACCCUGAAGGAGAAGAUUGACAUCUGCACGCGCCUGGAGAAGGGCGAGAGCCGGAAGGCGCUGAUGCAGGAGUACAACGUGGGUAUGUCCACCCUCUACGACAUCAGGGCCCACAAGGCGCAGCUGCUCCGCUUCUUUGCCAGCUCGGACUCCAACAGGGCGCUGGAGCAGCGGCGCACGCUGCACACGCCCAAGCUGGAGCACCUGGACCGCGUCCUGUACGAGUGGUUCCUGGGGAAGCGGUCCGAGGGCGUUCCCGUGUCAGGCCCCAUGCUCAUUGAGAAGGCCAAGGACUUCUACGAGCAGAUGCAGCUCACUGAGCCCUGUGUCUUCUCUGGAGGGUGGCUUUGGCGCUUUAAGGCCAGACACGGCAUUAAAAAGCUAGAUGCGUCCAGUGAAAAGCAGGCAGCUGACCACCAGGCAGCGGAGCAGUUCUGUGGGUUUUUCAGGAGCUUGGCUGCAGAGCACGGGCUGUCCCCCGAGCAGGUUUACAAUGCUGACGAGACCGGCCUUUUCUGGCGGUGCCUGCCGAAUCCCACUCCAGAAGGCGGGGCCGAGCCUGGCCUCAAGCAGAGCAAGGACCGGCUGACCGUCCUGAUGUGUGCCAACGCCACAGGCUCCCACCGGCUCAAGCCCUUGGCCAUCGGGAAAUGCAGCGGCCCCAGGGCCUUCAAAGGCAUCCAGCACCUGCCUGCCGCCUAUAAGGCCCAGGGGAACGCUUGGGUGGACAAGGAGAUUUUUUCUGAUUGGUUCCAUCAUAUCUUCGUGCCAUCCGUGAGGGAGCACUUCAGAAGCAUAGGUUUGCCAGAAGACAGCAAGGCCAUUCUCUUGCUGGACAGCUCCCGGGCUCACCCGCAGGAGGCUGAGCUGGCAUCCAGUAACAUUUUCACCAUCUUCCUGCCUGCCAGUGUGGCCUCGCUAGUGCAGCCCAUGGAGCAGGGCAUCCGGAGGGACUUCAUGAGGAACUUCAUUAACCCUCCGGCCUCCCUGCAGGGCCCCCAUGCCCGCUACAGCGUGAACGACGCCAUCUUCAGUGUAGCCUGUGCCUGGAACACGGUGCCCAGCCACGUCUUCAGGCGGGCCUGGAGGAAGCUGUGGCCAUCGGUUGUGUUUGCCGAAGGCUCCUCGUCUGAGGAGGAGGUGGAGGCAGAUCGCUUCCAGGCGAAGCCCCACAACAAGUCCUUUGCGCACAUCCUGGAGCUGGUGAAGGAGGGCUCCUCCUGCCCCGGACAGCUUCGCCAGCGGCAGGCCACCGGCUGGGGUGUAGUGGGAAGGGAGGCGGAAGGGGGACAGCUGCCUGCACCCAUUUCGCCAGCAGAGGCGGUGUGGAGUUCAGAAAAGACUCCGAAAACCAGCCAGGAUGGUGGAGGAGACACUGGUGAGGGUGAGGAGGCCGCCUGGGAGCAGGCGGCCGUGGCCUUUGACACAGUCCUGCACUUUGCGGAGCGGCAGUCGUGCUUCAGUGCACAGGAAGUGGGGCAGCUGCGGGCGCUGCGUGCUGUGUUCCAGAGCCAGCAGCAGGAUGGUGGAGAGCAGUCAUCAGCCUGAGACCCAUCCCUACGUAAGUAACUGAAUUGGGGUUUGUCUUGACUAAAGUUAACAGUAACAUCCAACUGGUCUUAGUAUCUCCUUACCGUUGGAGCGCUCGGUUGUGACGUUAAGUCGUGCAGUCCUUUGUUUUGCUUUGCUGGUUUUUUUUUGUUGUUGUUUGUUUCUGCUUUUGUUGUUUUUUCGGUCUUUUCCCCAUUGGGUUUGACCAACUCUAUCUGACUUGAUUAAAUUCGAAGGAAAGUUUCAAAUUAUGGGGAACAAGGCCUCUGAAGUGGCUAAAUUCCCACCAAAAAAAAAAAAAAAAAAGAUUUUUGAUCUUCACUACUUAAGGGACUUUAUUUACAUAACAAGGCCACCCUUUUGCCAGCCAGGCCAAACUGAAAGCAGUGGCUGUGACCCCAAGCUACAGGUCAGUGCCCAAGGCUCUGCCUUCUAUUUAUUCCAGCACGAAAGCUGCGUUUGGGUCCUCAGUCAAGUCCUUUGAGGUCUGAUACUUCUGAAAUAGCAGAAACUCGUCCUAGCUGAAAUAUGGUAAUGAGAUUUUAAAACAUUGUUUUAAAAGGAGUUCAGUUCCUCCAAGGUAUUUGAGUUGUGAAAGAAAAAAAAAAGGAGCUCAAUAGUUGAAAGUCAGCUAAAUUAAAGCUAACAUUCCAAGAUGUGUGUGUGUAUGUGUGUGUAUGUGUGUGAAUGUGUGUGAACGUGUAUGUGUGUGUGAACGUGUGUGUAUGUGUGUGAACGUGUGUGUAUGUGUGUGUGAACGUGUGUGUAUGUGUGUGAACGUGUGUGUGUGAACGUGUGUGUAUGUGUGUGUGUAUGUGUAUGUGUGUGAACGUGUGUGUAUGUGUGUGUGUAUGUGUAUGUGUGUGUGUGUGUGUGUGUGUGUGUAAAAGGCCUUAGUGUUGUUUCUGUUUUUUUCCUCUCCUGGGACCCUGUCUUUUUUUUUUUUUUAAGCAAAGGUUUUUUUCUUUUCAGUUGAUUGAAUUCUAUUUUCUUCAUUUGCUUCUGCUGUCUCUUCUUUCUCUUGCACCCUCUGCUCCAUGGGGGAUCUAAAAUAGUUUAUAACAGCCGCGGUUCCUUAAAGAAAUGGAGAAGGUACUAGACUCCCUUUGGGGGAGAAACCUCUGUUUCUCUUUAUGGAACCCCAAGAAUGUAAACAGACGUGUUUGUCUCAGCUCUUAAACUACUGGAUUUUGUAUUGUGUACCUAAUGUUUCAUUAAAGUAGUUAUUGCAACAGAGACUACCUUUGGUUUUUAAGGAAAAGUGUAGUUUAGACACUGAGAAAUGUCUUUGUAUUAGACCAUUUUCACGCUGCUGGUAAAGACAGACCCAAGACUGGGCAAUUUAUGAAUGAAAGAGGUUUAAUGGACUUUCGGCUCCCCAUGGCUGGGGAGGCCUCACAAUCAUGGUGGGAGGCCAGGAGAGGCAAGUCACGUGUUACAUGGAUGGCAUCAUGUGUUACAUGGAUGUUAUGUGUUACAUGGAUGGCAUCGUGUGUUACAUGGAUGUUAUGUGUUACAUGGAUGGCAUUGUGUGUUACAUGGAUGGCAUUGUGUGUUACAUGGAUGGCAUCGUGUGUUACAUGGGUGUUAUGUGUUACAUGGAUUGCAUCGUGUGUUACAUGGUUGUUAUGUGUUACAUGGAUGUUAUGUGUUACAUGGAUGGCAUUGUGUGUUACAUGGAUGCUAUGUGUUACAUGGAUGGCAUCAAAGAGGGAGAGCUUGUGCAGGGAAACUCUCAUUUUUAAAACCCUCAAAUCUCAUGAGAUUUAUUCACCAUCAUAAGAGCAGCAUGGGAAAGACCCACCCCAAGGUUUAAUUACCUCCCACCAGCUUCCUCCCACAACAUGUAGGAAUUGUGGGGGUAGCAAUUCAAGAUGAGAUUUGGGUGAGGACACAGCCAAACCAUAUCAGUCUUCAUUAAAAAAAUUUUUUAAAGUGCCCUGUAAAAGCAUCAUGUAGUUUAGUCUCAUAAUCAUUCUCCCACGUGGAGACACAGGAUUCAGUGUGGGCUCUGUCCAAAGUUCAGAGAUCCAGUUAAGAAUAUAGUCUUUAAACAACAGUUGUCUCCUUUUUCAAUCCUAUGAUAGAUUUCUAUAAAUUUUAUGUUUGGUUUGGCAUGCAUCUUCAGUCUACCCCUAGCACUACCAGACUUUUUCUCUCUCUACCUUGAGAUGUAAACUUUGCUAUCUGAUUUUUCAUCUAAGAGUCAUUUGCUUCAAUAUGCAGAUUUAGGGCUAUUUAGUUGACAGUAGCCAGGGCAAUAAAACAGGUUAUCAAGAGUUUACAAGUCUAAGCUGGGGAGAAAAAGGAGGUCUUAGGAACCUACAAGAUGUACUUCUAUUGGUAUUCCUAAUAUGACUACUCAUUUGUUGUAUACACAACAUUUCACUACUGAAAAUAUAUGAAAGAGCUCUGCUUAAUUGGCUUAAGAAAAUAAAAGCCCUUGAAUCAAAUACUGUAUCAGGAAAAAAGAAAAUACUAAUCAAAUGCUUUUUGAAGUUUAUGUAACUUAAGUAAAAUUGUUAACAAAUAAGCUAGCUCUAAAAUUAUUGGUAAAGUAAUAUUAGCAAUGUCUUGAGAACUGCCAGCAUACAUUUUUGUUUGCAUUUAUUAAGCAAUUUCAUACCUCUCCCUGUCAAAUACUAUAAGGUGUCAAAAUUUGGCAUAGAGGUUACAAAACUAUAAGCCAAGCCUAAAACAGUGAUUUUUGCUUGUGUAAUUUUUAAUAAGGCAUUGAUAUUGAUUUAAUAAAAAUAGCUGGAUCUUGAAUUUAGUAAUAUUACCAUAACUUCUAAUGUUUUGAUGGUUUUAGGUGGUUUAGUCCAUAGCCAGUAGGGUUUGUUAACAUCUUUGUUUCAAAGCUAAAUGAUAAACUAAGUUCCUCCUAAGUUAGUUUGACCUACACCCAGGAAUGAAAAAGGACAGCUUGGAGGUUCAAGGCAAGAUGGAGUCAUGUCAAAUCUUUUUCACUGUGUUAGUAAUAAUUUUGCAGUGGCAGUUCUAUAAUUUUAAAUGAUGACUGUUGUAGUUUUCAUAGAUAAUUGAGGUGAACAAUUAAAAUAAUUAGGUAAACAUAAUGGGAUAAAUACCUGUAGGCAAACUCAUCUAAAGUGAAAUUAAAUAGUAGAUAUUUCAUUAUUUGUGUAUUUUCAAAUAAAAAUAUAUUUAUAGGAAAACAUUCUUUCUAAAAAAAAGUGUGUCCUUUUAGGAAAAAGGUGAGCAAUUUUUGUCUCAUUCAAAGCUUAUUUAAAGGUCAUGUAUAAAACAAGGUAAAAGAAACCAAAAAACAAGAGAUGUAAAGAAAGCUAUAAAAAAUAAAGAGGUUUUUAUUUGGUAAGAAGGCUUAAAGAGAAAUAAAUUUAUAUGAGAAAGAAUCCUGAAUGGUCAAUUUAGUCCUAUAGUAAAAUGACUACUGGCUAAAAAAGUGUUAUUCAGAUCAAACCUGAAGGUCCAAGCAUGUCAUGAAUGGUCUGUGUAAAUCAUAAUAAGGAUGUAUUUAAAAAAAUUUUUUAAAUUGCAUUUUAGGUUUUGGGGUACAUGUGAAGAACAUGCUAGAUUGUUGCAUAGGUACACACAUGGCAGUGUGAUUUGCUGCCUUCCUCCCCAUCACCUAUAUCUAGCAUUUCUCCCCAUGCUAUCUCUCCCCAACUCCCCACCCCCUGCUUUCCCUCCCCUAUUUCCCCCCAACAGACCCCAGUGUGUGAUGCUCCCCUCCCUGUGUCCAUGUGUUCUCAUUGUUCAACACCCACCUAUGAGUGAGAGCAUGUGGUGUUUGAUUUCCUGUUCUUGUGUCAGUUUGCUGAGAAUGAUGGUUUCCAGGUUCAUCCAUGUCCCUACAAAGGACACAAACCCAUCGUUUUUGAUGGCUACAUAAUAUUCCAUGGUGUAUAUGUGCCACAUUUUCCCUGUCCAGUCUAUCAUCGAUGGGCAUUUGGGUUGGUUCCAUGUCUUUGCUAUUGUAAACUGUGCUGCGAUGAACAUUCGUGUGCAUGUGUCCUUAUAGUAGAACGAUUUAUAAUCCUUUGGAUAUAUACCCAGUAAUGGGAUUGAUGGGUCAAAUGGAAUUUCUCUUUCUAGGUCCUUGAGGAAUUACCACACUGUCUUCUACAAUGGUUGAACUAAUUUACACUCCCACCAACAGUGUAAAAGUGUUCCUGUUUCUCCACAUCCUCUCCAGCAUCUGUCUCCAGAUUUUUUGAUGAUUGCCAUUCUAAUUGGUGUGAGAUGGUAUCUCAAUGUAGUUUUGAUUUGCAUUUCUCUAAUGACCAGUGAUGAUGAGCAUUUUUUUUUAUGUUUGUUGGCCUCAUGUAUGUCUUCUUUUGUAAAGUGUCUGUUCAUAUCCCUCGCCUGCUUUUGAAUGGGCUUGUUUGUUUUUUUCUUGUAAAUCUGUUUUAGUUCUUUGUAAAUUCUGGAUAUCAGCCCUUUGUCAGAUGGGUAGACUGCAAAAAUUUUUUCCCAUUCUGUUGGUUGCCAGUUCACUCUAAUGACUGUUUCUUUUGCUAUGCAGAAGCUCUGGAGUUUGAUUAGGUCCAUUUGUCUAUUUUGGCUUUUGUUGCCAAUGCUUUUGGUGUUUUGGUCAUGAAGUCCUUGCCUACUCCUAUGUCCUGAAUGGUUUUGCCUAGAUUUUCCUCUAGGGUUUUUAUAGUGUUAGGUCUUAUGUUUAAGUCUUUAAUCCAUCUGGAGUUAAUUUUAUUGUAAUUUCUGCUUUCUUCACAUGGCUAGCCAGUUUUCCCAACAUCAUUUAUUAAAUAGGGAGUCCUUUCCCCAUUGCUUGUUUUUGUCAGGUUUAUCAAAGAUUGUAUGGUUGUAGAUAUGUUGUGUUGCCUCCAAUGCCUCUGUUCUGUUCCAUUGGUCUAUAUCUCUGUUUUGGUACCAGUACCAUGUUGUUUUGAUUACUGUAGCCUUGUAGUAUAGUUUGAAGUCUGGUAGUGUGAUGCCUCCCACUUUGUUUUUUUUGCUUAGAAUUGACUUGUCUAUGUGGGCUCUCUUUUGGUUCCAUAUGAGGUUUAAGGUGGUUUUUUUCAGUUCUGUGAAGAAGGUCAUUGGUAGCUUGAUGGGGAUAGCAUUGAAUCUGUAAAUUACUUUGGGCAGUAUAGCCAUUUUCAUGAUAUUAAUGCUUCCUAACCAUGAACAUGGAAUGUUUCUCCAUCUGUUUGUGUCCUCUCUUAUUUUGUCGAGCAGUGGUUUGUAGUUCUCCUUGAAGAGAUCCUUUACAUCCUUUGCUAGUUGUAUUCCUAGGUAUUUUAUUCUCUUUGUAGCAAUUGUGAAUGGCAGUUAGUUCUUGAUUUGGCUCUCUUUAAGUCUGUUAUUGGUGUAUAGGAAUGCUUAUGAUUUUUGCACAUUGAUUUUGUAUCCUGAGACUUUGCUGAAGUUGCUUAUCAGUUUCAGGAGAUUUGGGGCUAAGAUGAUGGGGUCUUCUAGAUAUAUAGUCAUGUCAUCUGCAAAUAGAGACAAUUUGACUUCCUCCUUUCCUAUUUGAAUACCUUUAUUUCUUUUUCUUGCCUGAUUGUUCUGGCUAAGGAUGUAUUUUUAUAAAAACCAAAAACUUUAUGUGAUCAAGUUGUCAUAUUAUUAAGUUUUGCUUGGCCUAGGAAAAAAAACCGAGAUUAAAUUUUUUAAAAAUUGAAGUUAUUACAUCCAUGUAGCUCUGAAUGCACAAUUAAAAUACUUGUGACAUUGAGUUACAGGGCUUUGACUCCUGGGUCUAAAAGCGACACAAAGUUCUUCUAAGUUUUAAACACCGACAGCAAUUAAGGCCCCCCUGUUUAGUCCCAGUAAAAGAUUCAAAAUAAACUGCAUUUCUGAGACACAGGGCCAGAAAUUAAAGCUAUUCAACUCCUCAAGGCCCAGGGACUAUCACGAAGAGGUACAAAUCCAUGGCUGUACUCAGAGGAAAACUCUGUCUCAAAACAAAAAGGCUAUGUAAAAAAGAAUUAUUCUUGCUGCACUAAAUACAAAUAAUUAGGCCAAGUAUAAUAAAGCAAAACAGUCCUACCAUGAUUUGUGCUUAGUACAAAUGGGAAACUGGAGAAGGAAAAAUGACAUUUCAGAACCUCUAGUACACCUGUUAUUAGAUUCUAGUCUUGCCUAAUAUUUUAAAAUUUUUAUUAUUCUUUAAAGUUAUGACUGAAUUCUAAUUUUUCUUGGCUACAAGUUUUCAAGAUAAUGUUUUCAAUUUUUUUCCUUCUUUUCCCCUCAUUUUUCUUGAUUUGGAGUCACUGAAAACUAAGCUGUGCUUCCAUAAAGUCCUACAAACUAAAGCCAGGCAGCUUCAACUUCAGAAGGAAAUAACAGCAACCUAUUCACAUAGAGAAGCCACUUUCACACCUGCCUCCUGAUGUAUGGACUGCAAAGUAAUGUGGCCUAUAUCCAUUUUCCCAGAUUGUUCUUUAGUUUGCUGUUUUUCUCCCUUCCUCACCCUAUUUUAUUUUCAUAGGACAUGAGACUUCACAACCCUCUAAAAAUGAGCUUUUCUAAUAAUUCCGGACCUGACCGUACAGGAACUAACUAUUUUAGCCGUGAGAGACUGGACAAAACCUGAGACCAGAGACCCAUUUUCUUCUAAAAUGCUUUCUCCAAAAGAGUUUUUAAAAGAAAAGGGGAAAAUGUGAAAGGAAAACAUCUUGGGGCCCCAAAAUCAUUAAGCUAAAGGGAGAAGUCAAGCUAGGAACUGUUUAGGGCAAACCUGCCUCUCAUUCUAUUCUAAGUCAUCCCUCUGCUCACUGAGAUAGAUGCAUAUUUGAUUGCCUCCUUUGGAAAGGCUAAUCAGAAACUCAAAAGAAUGUAACCAUUUGUGUCUUAUCUACUUGUGACUUGGAAGUCCCCUCCCUGCUUUGAGCUGUCCUGCCUUUCCAGACGGAACCACUGUUCACCUUGCAUAUGUUGAUUGAUGUCUUAUGUCUCCCUAAAAUGUAUAAAACCAAACUGUGCUCUGACCACCUUGGACACAUGUCUUCAGGACCUCCUGAAGCUGUGUCACCAGCGUGUGUCCUCAACCUUUGCAAAAUGAACUUUCUAAAUUAAAUGAGACCUGUCUCUGGUUUUUGAGGUUCACAAUUAAUAGUCAAUGACAUGAGGGAUAAGCCCUCCUCCUCUCCUGGUUGUGGACCAAUAGUCAGUGGCGUGAGAGAUAGGCCUACCUCCUUUCCCAGUUGUGGACCAGUAGUCAAUGGCAUGAGAGAUAAGCCAUCCUCCUCUCUUGGUUGUGGACCAGUAGUCAAUGGCAUGGGAGAUAAGCCCGCCUCCUCUUCCAAUUGUGGACCAAUAGUCAAUGAUAUGAAAGAUAAGCCCGCCUCCUCUCCUGACUGUGGACCAAUGGUCAAUGAUGUGAGAGAUAUGCCUGCCCCCUGUCUCAAUUGUGGACCAAUAGUCAAUGACAUAAGAGAUAAGCCUUCUUCCUCUUUCAAUUGUGGACCAAUAGUCAAUGAUGUGAGAGAUAAGCCCGCCUCCUCCCCCAACUGUGGACCAAUAGCUAAUGAUGUGAGAGAUAAGACCGCCUUCUCUCCCGACUGUGGACCAAUAGUCAAUGAUGUGAGAGAUAAGCCCGACUCUCGAUUGUGAACCAGUAGCCAGGGCGUGAGAGAGAAGCCCUCCUCCUCUCCAUUUGUGGACCAAUAGUCACCAACAUGAGGGAUAACCCCUCCUCCUGUCCCAGUUGUGGACCUUUCCCUCUUUAUUAUCUUGCACCUGACUCAGACCAGAAGGUGCAGAAGACCCCCUGACCCUUCCAUCCUCCGUGUUCAAUACACCUCUCCUGGAAAGAACACGGCCUCCCCUAGCUGGAUGUGCUGGCUUUGUGUGGACAGUGUUGAAGCCGUUAAGCUUCCCAGACUUUAUACCAAAACCUCUCCACUUUGGAGCAUCAACUUCCAUUCUUUGGAAUCUGUGUACUCAGGUGGCUUUCUCAGCAUUGUGUGCAAAUAAACUACACUUAACCAUA